CUGUGGCGAUGCCGAGCCCCAGAUCAGCCCUCAGUUCACCGCCCGGCAGGAUCUCUGCUGCACAGUGCGCAAUGUGUGCGCCGUCAGCACAGAUGACUACUUCAUAAACACACGAGCAGUCCCGUGUGUCGAGGAUUUGGGAUUUUAACUGUGGUGACAGUCGGCGGACGGAACUUUACGCAGGGAAACAGCAGGUGAGUCUACACCUGACGGAUAAUCUGAAACCACUUUGUAUUCUCCUCCCAACUCCACUUGUUGAUGGGGCACUAAUAGGCUCUCCCGGCGGUCACACCACGGAGAUACUCUUAUGCGUAAUUUGGAUUAAAAAAAAAACCAAAACCUGUCCGACGACAGGACGAAGGAAGUUCUAACCUGCGAGGUUUUGUGGCAGAUGGUGGGGAUGUUGUAACAGCUCUCGGCAUCAGAUCGUAUUACACGGGGCUGCUACCAGGUGAGGAGCGGCAUGGGGAACCAGAUGGACAAGCUGUCACAUUUAAGUUACGCAGAAGUUCCCACAGUGGACCCGAACGGCGUGGACACGGAGGACGGUCCGCGCAUCGGCGUCUCUUACAUAUUUUCCAACGACGACGACGAGCUGGAGGAUGGCUGCGCGGUCGAUGGCACGGAUAAGGACCCGAAUCAGGAAGAGAAACAAUACGAUCAGCGCGAUGAGGUGGAGUGCGCCGUCUACAACCGCGAUGAAUGCAUUUACGAGAAGAGCGUCAAGUCCGCCAGCCUGGAGGUUUAUUCCCCUGAAAAUCUACUCAACAAAUGCAAAGCGGGUGACCUGGUGGAGUUUGUGGCCACGGGUCAGUUCCCGCACUGGGCUGUGUACGUGGGGGACUUCCAGGUGGUGCACCUGCACAGAGCCGAGGUGAAAAACAGCUUUUUGACAGACGCGAGUCAAGGGAGGAGGUGUAGGAUUGUGAACGACUUGUACAAAUUCAAAGCUCUGAGUGCGGACAUGGUGGUGCAGAACGCCAUGGAGCAGGUGGGGUUAAAGGACCGAGAGCUGAGCUGGAGGAACUCCGAGUGCUUCGCCGCCUGGUGCAGGUUCGGCAAGAGGGAGUUCAAAAUGGGCGGGGAGAUACGGAUAGGCAAACAGCCGUACAGGUUGAAAAUCUUCAUGUCGGACAAACACUCGCACGUGCUGGAGUUUCAGAGUUUGGAGGACAUGAUCAUGGAGAAGAGGAGGAACGAUCAUCUGGGCAGGACAGCCGUGUUGCAGGAGCUGGCCACUCACUUCAGCAGCGUGGACGCGAUCAAAAGUGAGCCAGGCGCUGACUGAUGGAUGCCCUUUGGAUGCUCUUCAAAAUAACUGCUUUGCAAGUAGAGUAGCCUUUACCAAACCCACACCCUGCUUUAAUCUACACACUGUAAAAUCUGACAAGUUGAUUUUACUUCUAAAAUGUUGGAAAACUAUUUCCCUGGGAAAAAAAAGAAAAAUAAAUAUAAAUAUUAGUCAGUUACUUGAGUUAAAGUAUAGAUACUACUGGUCACUCCAAAUACAUGUGAAAGUUGCUGAGUAAAAGUUUUACUUGAGUUAAAGUACUGAAGUACUUGAUUUUUAAAAUACUUAAGCAUUCAAAGUACUUUUAAAAAAUCAUCUCAACACAUUGGUGAAUCUACAGUGAAAAUGCUGAGUAAAAAUAUUUCUAACUCUGUAUCACAACCUCACUAACAAAUCCAUGAAAAUAAAUUUGACAUGGAAAUAGCUGAAAAACUUCUGCUACUACAGACACAGACAGUUUUUAAAAAAUAUGAAUCUGGAAUUAAGCUAAUGCUUACAUACGUCCACACGCCGUGAGGUAGUUUGUUGGCGGUAAACAGAACAAACAUUUAAAACCAUAGGAAUUAUUUUUAAACUCAAAAAUUUUAAACAUAAACUUGAGGUACAACAUUGCGUAACCAAAUACAACCGCCUGCUGAUGACCUCUCCUCUCUUCCUGAUGACCUGCUCUGUGCACGAGUUAGAGGCACCACCUCUGCAAACAAAACCAUCCACAGAACUGUAUACUCACAGUUUAUGGCCUUUUGCAUUUUACAAUAGAAAAGAAGUUCUACGCUGACUUCAAAGCAAAUGUAAACGGUAACUAGAGCCUUUAUAAAAAUGCAGUGGAGUCAAAAGUCUAAUAUUUUUCCUAAAUGUAGUGGAGUCAAAGUAAUCAGUAAUCAGUAAUCAAUCAAAAUAUUAAUGCUCAGGUAAAGUACAGAUACUCAAAGACUGCACUUAAGUACAGUACUUAAAUAGAUGCACUUUGUUGUUGUCCACCGCUGCUAUUAGUCUAAAAUUAUAUUUUUA